CAGGCCUUCCAAAGUUGAAGCUUUGGCUCAUUCGCUUCAUGCUCCUCUUCACUCAGCAGCUCACAACUCUGCACAGCCAUGGGCUUCCUUUGGAGCUUCAUUCUGCUCUAUCCUGAGGUCUUCCUAGCUAUCAUCUGCUUCUUCUGGCUUUCCCUUUUCCGCCUCAUCAGGCAGUGCCAGAAGAGAACCCUCCCAGUGAACUGGCCUGUUUUGGGGAUGCUUCCGUUCCUUGUGAAGAAUCUGCACUAUAUUCAUGACAAAGUCACAGACGCGCUUCGUGAGGCAGGGUGCACGUUCAUGGUUACUGGCCCUUGGUUCCUCAACAUGAACUUCUUGGUUACCUGUGAUCCAGCCACUGUCAACCAUUGCUUCAAUGCCAACUUCAAAAACUACCCAAAAGGCAGUGAGUUUGCCGAAAUGUUUGACAUUCUAGGUGAUGGACUCCUUGUGGCAGACUCUGAAUCAUGGGAGCAUCAGCGACGCAUGGCGAUGUACAUCUUUGCUGCCCGUAAAUUUCGGUCAUUUGCAAUGUCCACGAUCGCGAGGAAGACUGGCAAUGUCUUGUUACCCUACCUUGAUCACAUGGCCAAGUUUGGCUCAGAGGUCGAGCUGGAGGGUGUCUUCAUGAGGUUCUCACUAGAUGUGACAUACUCUACCGUGUUUGCAGCUGACCUUGAUUGCUUGUCAGUGUCUUCUUCAAUCCCUGUGUUUGGCCAAGCUACGAAGGAAGCAGAGGAGGCAGUGCUAUUCAGGCACGUUGUACCACCAAGUGUGUGGAAGCUCUUGAGGCUGCUCAAUGUCGGGAGUGAGAAGAAGCUGGCUAAUGCCAGGGUGGUGAUCGACCAAUUCAUCUAUGAGGAGAUCGCCAAACGGAAGGAACAUGCAAGCGAUGGAGUCCAGGGGGACAUCCUGUCCAUGUACAUGAAAUGGUCCAUGGAUGAAAGUUUGAGCAAGCAGAAGGGUGACCAGUUCCUCCGUGACACGGCAGUGGGUUUCAUCUUUGCUGGGAAAGAUCUCAUUGCUGUCACACUGACUUGGUUCUUCUACAUGAUGUGCAAGCACCCACAUGUCGAGGCGAUGAUCCUCCAAGAACUCAAGGGCCUUCAAAGCUCCACCUUUCCCAGGAACCUCUCCGUCUUCGAGUGCGAUGCACUCCGGUCCGCUAUCUACCUCCAAGCUGCACUCCUCGAGACACUCAGGCUCUUCCCUGCAACCCCAUUCGAGGAGAAGGAGGCGCUCGUUGACGACGUUCUUCCAAACGGUACCAAGGUGAGCCAGAGCACAAGGAUCAUCUUCUCACUCUACGCCAUGGGGAGGAUAGAAGGGAUAUGGGGCAAGGACUGCACUGAGUUUAAGCCGGAGCGGUGGGUGUCGAAGAGCGGGCGCCUUCGCCAUGAGCCAAGCUACAAGUUCCUGUCCUUCAACACUGGACCCAGGAGCUGCCUUGGCAAGGAUCUCAGCCUCAGCAACAUGAAGAUCACUGUUGCCUCCAUCAUCUACAACUUCAAGGUUGAGCUGGUCGAGGGCCAUGAGGUGAUGCCACAGAGCUCUGUCAUACUUCACACGCAGAACGGCAUGAUGGUUAGGCUCAAGAGAAGGGGGGCAGCUUGAUGGAUACUGCUAGCUUACUAUCUUGCCUUCCUGUGUUAUAUAUACAUCUGGAUGAGGUGUCUAGAUGCAGAGUGUUCAUGAGAUGGUAUCUUUUACAAAGUGCAAACUGUCUGAUUGGAUUAGUGUCAGAAACCCACUGAAUAGUAACCAUGUGACAAGACCAAAAUGUUGUGGUGCUUGGUAUAUGAUUGUGUGAUGGUCUUUGGGUUGAUCUA